AAUUUUAAUUAUCAAUAAAAUUAAAAAAACGUGACAUCCCUUAAUACGUCUCCCCAAUUCCGCGGGCUUUGCUCGGCCACACCCUCUCUUAUAUAAGCACGUAUAGCUAACGACCUUUAUAUCCUAUCACCCGAACGAUAACAGCUUCCCUCUUCCUCUUGUCCUCAAACCUUUUAGUUCCUCACUUUCUUCUUCUUCUUCUUUGGGUGUGAGAGAUUAGAAAUGCGCCUCUUCUCCCACGCCGGCCGCCGUCGGCCCCAUCCGACGUCGCCACCCCCGCCGACGUCGCCGCGGCAGAGCUUGUCCGCCACCCUCAUGGAGGACAACAUCGCCUCCGCCGAGGCUAUGAUCUCCCGGUGGGACGCGGACGCCAAUACCUUCGCCAAGGUCACCUCCCUCUUCCAUGCCGGCCGCGCCGAAGCCCGCGAGUUCCUCCACGCCGUCUCCAACCUCCAGCGCGCCAUGGUCUUCUUCGUCUCCGGCGACUGCGCCGCCCCUGCCGCCGCCCGCUCCGCUGCCCUCGUCCGUGCCCAGACCCUCAUGCAGACCGCCAUGCGCCGCCUCGAGCAUGAGUUCCACCAGAUCCUCUGCGCCAACCGCGACCGCCUCGACCCCGAGUCCGUCUCCUCGUCCACCCGCGCCCGCUCCAGCGCCUUCUCCGACGAUACCGAGAACUCCGACGACGACGAGAUCCGCGCCGCCGGCGCGACCAUCGGCGAGGUCGAGCAGGCCUCCGCCGGCGCCAUGGCCGACCUCCGCGCCAUCGCCGAGGUCAUGAUUGCGGCCGGCUACGGCAAGGAGUGCGUCCGGAUCUACAAAACCCUCCGCAAAUCCAUCGUCGACGAGGGCCUCUACCGCCUCGGCUUCGAAAGGCUCUCCCAAUCCCAGGUCCAGAAGCUCGAUUGGGAGGUCCUGGAACUCAAGAUACGCUCCUGGCUCGGCGCCGCCCCCGUCGCCCUCAGGACCCUCUUCUCUGGAGAAAGGAUCCUCUGCGACUACGUCUUCGCCGGCUCCGAUCCCAUCGGCGAGUCCUGCUUCGCCGACAUCACCCGCGACGCCGCCACCCUCUUCCUCGGAUUCCCCGAACCCGUGGCCAAAACGAAGCGGUCGCCGGAGAAGCUCUUCCGGAUCCUCGAUCUCUACGACGCCAUGUCCGAUCUCUGGCCAGAGAUCGAGGCUGUCUUCUGCUUCGAGUCCACCGCCGCCGUCCGGUCCCAAGCUCUCGCCUCCCUCCUCAAGCUCGCCGAGGCGGCGCGGGCCACGCUCGCCGACUUCGAGGCGGCGAUCCAGAAGGACAACUCCAAAUCGCCGGUCCCCGGCGGCGCCGUCCACCCCCUGACCCGCUACGUGAUGAACUACCUCGUCUUCCUCGCCGACUACGAGGCGUCCCUCGCCGACAUCUACGCCGAUUUCCCUCUCCAGAUCCCGACCCCUCUCCCCGAAUCCUUCUUCGAUUCUGCCUCCUCCACCCCCGCCUCCCCCUCCUCCACCUCCGAUGGCGGCGGCGCCGCCUCCGCGAUCUCCGUCCGGUUCGCGUGGCUCGUCCUCGUCCUCCUCUGCAAGCUCGACGGCAAGGCGGAGGUCUACCGGGAGGUGGCGCUCUCCUACCUCUUCCUCUCCAACAAUCUCCAGUACAUUGUGAACAAGGUCCGUGAGAGCCGUCUGAGGUUCCUCCUCGGCGAAGACUGGGCGGCGAAGCACGCAGCGAAGGCGCGGCACUACGCGUCGAACUACGAGCGGCUGGGAUGGGCGAAGGUCGCGGCGGCGACGCCGGCCGAUCCAGCGGCGGAGAUGGACGCCGGCGAGGCGUGGGAGAAGAUGAAGGGGUUCAACCAGGCGUUCGAGGCGGCGUGCCAGAGCCAGGCGGAUUGGGUGGUUGCCGACGAGGUGAUGAGGCAGGAGGUUUGGGCGUCGGUGGCGAGCAUGAUCUUGCCGGCGUACCGAGUGUUCUACGAGCGGUGCCGCGCGGCGCUCAGAGACUCCGGACCGGCGGCCGCAGCCGUGGUGAGGUUCUCGCCGGAGGACGUGAGGAACCGCGUCUAUGGGCUUCUGGAUUCGGGCUCGUUCAAGACCCCCCUUCGGUCGGCAUCCGUAUAGGACGCUGCUGUGCUUUCGCAAAUCUAUAGCCACAUACUUGUAACUUCGUAAUAAAGUCGAUACGUACUCAAACUAUACAAUUAACUAUGAAAUACUACCGAGUUAUUUUUUUUGUUUUUCCAAAAAGGAAAAAAAUAUCCCCAAGCUGUCGCAAACAAUCUAAUUACUCACAGAAAUUCUAAAUUCUGAGAAGUUAUGUUAAUCCUGAUCCA